AUGUUUUGGCGGCUGUUUGAUACUUCUACUUUAAAUUUGUGGAAUCGCCUGGGGUACUUUGUCAGUGUGCCACUUUUCCAACAACAAAUCAGGCGUGAUUUCGAGAAACCAGAAGCUCCGGUGAACAAUACAUCGGCCAAAAUCACAAACACAAGAGAGACGCCUCAAUUCUAUUCAGAUUGUGAGAUGGAACGACGCGAUACCACACUGCUGGUAGCAACACUUAUCUCAACUGUAACGUUCGCAGCAGGUUUCACCAUUCCUGGAGGACUUAAAAGUGACGGGAAAGCGGUUUUAGAUGGAAGUGCAUAUUUUAAAGUGUUUAUGUGUUCCAACAUUGUCUCCUUCUUUCUAUCAGCCUUUGUGAUUUACAAUGAAUUACUAGAGGAAAGUUUCUUAGCAAUCCAAACGGUUGCACUUGUCCUUCGGUGUUCUGUUGGAGGACUUGUCUUUGCAUUUUUUUCAGGCUUCAUGGCAGUGCAGGAUAAUAAAGGCAAGGGGAGUCCUACUGAGACAAGAAUGAAGAGGGAAGGAAAGAUCUGCCUGCAAGACCAUAAAAUUUGA